AUGAAGCCCGCCAGCCUCAGGCGAUGCCCCUACCUCACCCAGCGCCGCCUUGCCCACUCCACGCUCGUUCCCCGCCCCCGCCCCGCUCUGCGUCCUGCUAUCCUGCACCGUCGAUCCAACUCAUCUCUCGCGGGAGGCACCCAUGCCAGGCCCCAUGUCGAUGACUCCUCCUUCUAUACCCACCACCUAAUGGGCGAGAACAACUCGCGAAAUUCCCACGUUACCCCCUUACAACAAUACCACACACUCGUUCAAAAGGGUGCACUCAAGAAGGACGACCACCAGACCAGGAUCAUCCAGAAGCUGCAGAAGCUCCAUGACCAGUUGGCAAACUACGAGCCCCCUCCAGUGCCAGAGGUACAUCCGAAGGGAUCCCUACUCUCUCGCCUAUUCCGCCGGGACGACGAGCCAGAGGUGCCCGUCGCAAUCCCCCCAGAUCAAGUCCCGAAGGGCCUCUACCUCUACGGCGACGUCGGCACCGGCAAGACCAUGCUCAUGGACCUCUUCUACAACACCCUCCCCCCGAACGUCAAGCGCAAGCGCCGCGUGCACUUUCACGCCUUCAUGAUCGACGUGCACAAGCGCAUACACGCCAUGAAGGCAAAGCUCGGCGCCCACGGCGGGGACCCGAUAUUGCCCGUCGCCCAUGACUUGGCAGAGGAGGCCUCGGUGCUGUGCUUUGAUGAAUUUCAGGUCACCGAUAUCGCAGACGCCAUGAUAUUGAGGCGCCUGUUCGAGAGUCUGCUCAACUUUGGAGUAGUCUGCGUGAUCACGUCCAAUCGCCAUCCUGACGAGCUCUACAAGAACGGGAUCCAGCGGUCGAGUUUCGUCCCUUGCAUAGAGCUCCUCAAGACCCGCUUCGAUGUCACGGACCUCGAUUCCGGGACAGAUUACCGCCGCGUCCCGCGCGCGCUCUCGCACGUCUACUACCACCCGCUCACCGACUCGACGCGCAACGAGAUCAACAAGAUCUUCGCCGCGCUCACCUCCGACCCCGCCGACCCGCUCCAGCGCGACCGCGAGCUCAACAUCUGGGGGCGCACCCUCAAGGUCCCCGAGUGCACGAGCAGGGUCGCGAAGUUUCGGUUCGAGGACCUGUGUGGGAAGCCGUUGAGCGCGGCGGAUUAUUUGGAGAUUACGAAGGCGUUCGGGACGGUGUUUGUGCUGGAUGUGCCGAAGAUGGAUUUGGGGAAAAAGGAUAUGGCGCGGAGGUUUAUUACUUUUAUAGAUGCUUGUUAUGAGAGCAAAACCAAACUAUUUAUCUCGUCCGAAGUACCCAUAUACCAGGUCUUCUCCGACGACGCCUCGAAGAACAAAGAGGUCACAGAUCACAUGCGCAGCGUAAUGGACGACCUGGGUUUAUCCCCAGAUACCGUCGGCACUAGCUCGAUGUUCACGGGCGAAGAGGAGAUCUUCGCGUUCGCGCGGUGCUGCUCGCGGCUGGUGCAGAUGGGGAGCAAGGAGUGGGCGGAGACCGCCGGGGAGCGGUGA